AUGAGAGAUGAGACAAAACCAACUUGGAUCAGAAAAUGCGAGAAGGAGCCAGACUGCGUGGCGAUAGGUAGCAGACUGCGUGGCGCGAUGGGCACAAGACCGCCCGCGGCCUUCUGGCCGCAACUGUGGGCCACCGUCGUCAGAAAUCUGCUGCUUAAGAAACGCGACACCAGGAAAACCCUCGCAGAAGUUCUGGUUCCUCUCUACUCCCUCGGUGUGCUGAUCUUCCUAAAAAUGCUGGUUCCAAACCCCAACUUCCCAGAAGUGACAAAACCGGGCAGACUGCUCCGAAUACAUCACGACGCUAUAUCUGAAAAUCAUUCAGUUGCGGUAGUAGCCGACUGGGCCACUGCUAAUGGGACUUUGGGUUUUCUGGACGACAUCAACUCGAUGCUCAUAGAGUCUAAUCAGCACCCAAUCAAUUGGAUCCGGUACAACAACACGACGGAGUUAAACGACGCAUACCAUAACAACGCCAAGAGAUUUCCUCUCGCAGUCAUCUUCCAUACAGACCCUGGAGCUUUUGGAGAACCACUCAGAUAUACAAUCCGAACAAAUCCAUCCCGUGAUGGAGGUACACCAUCUACAAGAACUCUCACAACGUCUCCAGCGAAAUGUCGAGAAAGAACAGGUUAUAAAGACUGGUCUUCGGAUUGGUCGAGGGGUGGUCAGCUCAUACCGUUAUCAGAGAUGCAUAGAGAAGACACGUGUCCAGUACUCCAGUAUUACUAUACUGGUUUUCUGGCGCUACAGACUUUAAUAGAUUAUGUAAAAAUCAAGAUGGACACAGGCACUAGGUUCUACCCACCUCGAGUGGAUCUUCGACAGUUCCCCAAACGCCAACACACUGGAGACUGGUUGGUGAUAUUCCGGGUAAUAAUGCCUAUGUAUAUGGUGAUGACGCUAUCACAGUUCAUCACUUAUCUCUUAAUGUUCGUUGUGGGCGAGAAGGAAAAGAAGAUAAGAGAAGGGAUGAGAAUUAUGGGAUUGAAAGAGAGCGUUUAUUGGGGUUCUUGGUUUUUAAUCUAUGCAGUUUUUGUUACCAUUUUAUCACUGGUCAGUACUGUACUGUUGUUCACUUUGAAGGUUUUCCAACAUUCGUCCUACAUUUUAAUCUUCUUACUGAUGCUUUUAUUUGGCUUUACUAUAAUCACAUUUGCAUUCAUGUUGACGCCAUUCUUCGAUAAAGCUAGGACGGCAGGUAUACUUGGAAGUUUCGCAGUAAAUCUGAUGAGUGGACUCUAUUUCAUACAAGUGUUUGUAUCCAACGCGGACUCUCUCGCGUUCUGGUUCGUGUCGCUCAUCAGCUCUAGCUGCUACGCGCUCGCUAUGGAUAAGGCUCUCGUCUUAGAUAUGGCGGGAGUGGGAGUGACGUGGGACAAUCUCUGGAGUGGUCCAGGAGUUCCGUUCGGGGGCAGCCUCAUCAUGAUGGCGGUCGACACGGUGUUGUACGGACUCGCCGCGUACUGGCUCGAUGCGGUAAUACCGAGUGAGUACGGGAUCAAACAAAAACCCUGGUUCUGUCUCAUGCCGUCUUUCUGGAUGGGGCGGCGUGGACGUGUCUCUGCCGUGCAUUUCCACUCCAACGGUGACGCCCAACAUAAGGAUAUAGAGCCUGUUCCCAAAGAAUUACAAGAUAAAGAAGCAAUCAGAAUCGUGGGUCUACAGAAGAGUUUUCGUCACUGCCGAAGACCUGAAAUUAAAGCCAUUGAUGGUAUCGACCUUAGCAUAUAUGAAGGCCAAAUAACAGCUGUUUUAGGACACAAUGGCGCUGGAAAAUCUACAUUGUUCAAUAUCCUCACAGGACUUACUGCACCUACCGCUGGAACUGCUUAUGUAUAUGGUUUGGAUGUUAGGGAUCCAAACGACAUGCACGAAAUUCGACAAAUGAUUGGUGUCUGCCCGCAACAAGACGUUCUGUUCGACUUGCUCUCAGUGAAGGAACAUUUGCAAUUCUUUGCUGCUGUUAAAGGCAUACCUCGUAAAAUGGUACCGGAUGAGGUUCACAAAGCGUUAGCGGAAGUCGGUCUGUUGGAACAGGCGUCCAUGUUCUCGAAACAUCUAUCCGGAGGGCAAAAAAGAAAACUCAGUAUAGCCAUCGCUUUUAUAGGAGAUCCUAAGAUAAUAAUCCUGGACGAGCCGACGGCGGGCGUGGACCCGGUGUCGCGGCGGCAGACGUGGCGCAUCCUGCAGCGCGCGCGCCGCGGCCGCGUGCUGCUGCUCACCACGCACUUCAUGGACGAGGCGGAUAUACUCGGCGACAGGAAGGCAGUAAUCAGUAAGGGACGGGUGAGAUGUGCAGGAACAUCAUUAUUCUUGAAAAACAAAUUUGGUAUUGGAUACCAUUUAACGCUUGUGUUGGAUGGCGCGUGCCGCGAGCACCAGAUCACGCGGCUGGUGCGCGGACACGUGCCGCGCGCGGAGAAGGCGCGCCGCCACGGUCGCGAGCUGUCCUACAUCCUGCCGCACUACGCCGUGCACCUUUUCCCGCCGCUCUUCCACGCCAUCGAGCUCGAGAUACGCGACAAGACCAACAGGCUCGGUAUAACAAGUUACGGCGUCUCGAUGACGACUCUGGAGGAGGUGUUCCUCAGCCUAGAGGGGGAGAACGCGGAGGAGACGGAGGAUGUGGAGGGAGUGUCGUCCGUGAAGCUGGUGCGCGCGCGCGCCCUCUCGCGGAGCCUCUCGUUGCAGAGCAAGACACUGAGCUAUCAGGAGCUGAACGACAAGGAGCAACAGAAGACCACCUCCCUCCCGACGCCGCCCGCCUCGCACGCGCUGCACUCCACCACGCACGGCGUCGAACAUGUCAAGGUGACGCCCGAGGCGCCGCUGGCGGUGGACGCGUUGCGCGAGGCGGCGCGCGCGCCCUCCUGCUGGCGCACCUUCUGCGCGCUCGUCUACAUCCGCACCGUGCGCAUGAUCCGCGACCCCUACAAGCUCUACGUCAUGAUCUUCAUGCCCAUCAUUUCCUGCGCUCUCGGUCUCUACGUGAAAUCGCGGCAAAUUGUAUUUUUUCGUAUGCAGCCACUCAAAUUGGAGCCUAAUGCAUAUUUUAAUAAGACACCAAUUGCUUUGUUCAGCGAAGAGAACAGUUUAAAAGAUAUAGCGGACCUAAGGGAUUCUUUAGAAACUUUAGGCGCACAUCCCAUAGAUUUGUUUGAUGGGAAUUUUACCAGUUUAUUAGAUAUGGAGAAUUUUGGAGCUUUCAGUUUGAAAGACAGCCUGAUACCCUUCGGGAAGAUAAUGGCCUACUACAACAGUACAUACACCCACAGUCUGCCUAUCAUUAUCAAUUUGUUGGACAAUAGCAUUUAUAGGGUGCUAAUGGCGGCAGCAGGUCAACAAGACAACUUCAAGCCCAUCGAGGUGCUCACGCAUCCCUUCCAGCAGACGGAACAACAGGAGGAGUUCAAUUUGGGAAAUGUGGUCUGCGCUAUAUUCAUGGGAAUGAUAUUUGCUCUCGUACCAGUUACUUUAGCUGUGGACAUUGUUUAUGAUAGAGAGAUAAAAGCUAAGAACCAGCUCCGUGUCAACGGUCUCUCCAUAAGUAUGUACUUCCUCACAUACUUCACUAUACUCAUCUUCAUCAUGAUGGUGACAAGUGCAGGGGUGUUCGUUCUUGUAAUCCUCAACGAUAUACCAAGUCUGACAAACGGUUCGGCAAUCACGAUGCUCUCUGGUCUUCUGUUACUCUAUAGUCCUUCCGCCAUUUUGUUUAACACGUGCUUGUCGUAUAUAUUCGACAAAAUGGACUCUGCUCAGAGCAUAAUGCCCAACAUCACUACAUGGGUUGGUGUCAUACCGUUCAUUUUGGUGGCGGUAUUGGAUACAUUUAAAUGGGGCAGCAACAUUGCAUUCUACCUCCACUUAGUGUUCAGUUUCCUAGACGUUAUGUAUAUACCGUAUGCCAUCAUUUAUUAUGUCGAUAGGGUGUACGUGACGUGCAACCUGCGCGGGCUGUGCACGGUGCCGGCGCUGGCGAGCUACUUCACGGCGGAGGUGUGGGUGCUGAUCGCAGCCAUGUUGCUGCACGUGCCGCUGUGCGGCGCCGCGCUGCUCGCCGCCGACCGUCUCAAGAGCGGCGGCCGAAUAUGUGUCCGUAAACCGUUAACGCCGGAGAAGUCUGACGGCGAAGCGGAGGCGGGCGGCGAGGCGGGCGAGGACGAGGACGUGCGGCGCGAGCGGCGCCGCGUGGCCGCGCUGCUGGCCGCGCCGCCAGCGCCCGCGCACCCCGCGCCACCCGCGCCACCCGCGCUGCUCGUGCACAACCUCCGCAAGGAGUACAAGCUGCGCACGUCGCGUGGCGCGGCGUGCUGCGGGCGCGCGGAGGCGCCGCGCCGCGCCGCGCUGGCGCGCCUGUCGCUGGCCGUGCACGGCGGGGAGGUGUUCGGCCUGCUCGGGCACAACGGCGCCGGCAAGACCACCACCAUGAAGAUCAUCACCGCCGAGGAGAGGCUCACCUGUGGCACGGUGAUGCUGGGCGGGCAGAGCAUCGAGGAGGCACAGUCGGGCGCGUUCCAGCUGCUGGGCUACUGCCCGCAGCACGAUGCGCUCUGGAAGAACGUCACCAUCCGCGAGCACAUCGAGUGCUACGCCGCCAUACGCGGUAUCAGCAAGGCGGACACGCCCAGGAUAGUGGACGCGUACCUGAACGGGCUGCAGAUAAUGGAGCACGCGAACAAGAACGCGGAGGAGUGCUCGGGCGGCACGCGGCGCAAGCUGUCGUUCGCGCUGGCGAUGGUGGGCGCGCCGCGCGUGGUGCUGCUGGACGAGCCCUCCACCGGCAUGGACCCGCGCAGCAAACGCUUCCUCUGGGACACCAUCCUCGCCAGCUUCCAGGAAGGUAAAAAAGGUGCUAUAUUGACGACACAUUCCAUGGAAGAGGCUGACGCGUUAUGUUCGAGGGUGGGGAUUAUGGUCAAGGGAGGGCUACGGUGUAUCGGGUCGACGCAGCAUCUGAAGAAUCUUUACGGGGCGGGCUACACGCUGGAGAUGAAGAUAGGCCAAAAUAAUCAAAAAGCUGUGAUGUUAGAAUCUGAUUUGUCGACUCCUUCACCGCUGCGGUCGUCCAACAACUCUCCGUCGCUUGGAGAAGCUGAUGAAGGUUCCGGAGGGGGGUCACGGACAGCGGAGGGGGAGGGGCUGGGGGAGGGGGAUGGGGAGGGGGAUGCGGAGGGCGAGGGGGAGGCAGUGGACGUCAGCAUACACACGCCGCUGGUCGGCAACACGCCGUCCAUACGUUUACAUCACCAGCGCACGGAGUCGAGCGGCGGCGCGCGGUCGGAGGCGGCGGUGGCGCUGGUGGCGGCGCUGUUCCCGGCCGCCGUGCUGGAGGAGAGCUUCGCGGAGCGCCUCGUGUUCUCGGUGCCACAGCGCUCCGUGUCCAGCCUCGCGCGGUGCUUCCAGCAGAUUGAGGAGGCAAAAGAAAAACUAAACAUCGUCGAGUACAGCUUUAGUCAAACAACUCUAGAGCAAGUGUUCCUGAAAUUCGCACAAUCCGAGAAUGUGGAAUCUUCAGAACAAGAAUAU